AUGUCGCCGCUGCCGCGCGUCUUUUUCGACGUCGCGAUCGGUCGCGAACGCGUCGGGAGGAUCACGAUUGAGCUCCGAAGCGACGUCGUGCCGAAAACCUGUGAGAAUUUCCGACAGCUCUGCGCGAACGAGCGCGGACACAGGCUGUCGUACGCCGACAGCACGUUCCACAGAGUGAUACCGAACUUUAUGAUUCAGGGCGGGGACUUCACGAAUCACGACGGCACGGGAGGGGAAUCGGUGUACGGGCCGAAAUUUCGGGAUGAGAAUUUCACGCUCAAGCACGCGGGGGCGGGGACGUUGUCCAUGGCGAACGCCGGACCGCACACGAAUGGAUCGCAGUUCUUUAUAUGCACCGGAGACACGCCUUGGUUAGAUGGGAAACACGUCGUGUUCGGAUCGGUGGUGGAUGGGAUGGACGUCGUGCGACGAGUGGAGGCGUGCGGGUCCAAGUCGGGCAAGACGAGGGAGACGGUGAAAAUCGUCGAGUGCGGGGAGAUC